AUGGCAACCGCGAAAUUCAAAUCCCACUUCCACGCUCCUCACGGCCAUAAAUUGUUCCGUACCAACAGCAGCAACUUGGCCAAUGAUAAGCCAAUUGACGAGGAACAGAAGCAAAAAGAGAAGAAUUUUAUAGCAUGCUUCGAGUGCAAUGGGCCUCCUCUUUCGCCAAGUCAGAUUGCGGAAAACCCUCGCAGCAAAGAGGUCGGGGUUGCGUCCAAACAAUUACGAGUGGGAGACUUUGAAUUGAUCAAGACUAUUGGGACUGGUACUUUUGCGCGUGUAUGGCUGUCUCGUUUAGCCGGGUCUCCAAAGGAGGGACAAAAAGUUUUCGCUCUGAAGAUACUCCGCAAGGUCGAUAUCAUUCGUUUGAAGCAAGUAGAACAUAUCAAAAAUGAACGAAACACGCUCUCUGCUGUAGCCGGCCAUCCCUUCAUUACAACCAUGAUUACCAGCUUCUCGGACCGGGAUUGUCUGUAUAUGCUACUCGACUAUUGCCCUGGAGGCGAGGUCUUCACAUACUUGCGAAGAGCACGUCGCUUUGACGAAGACACUUCACGUUUCUACGGUGCAGAAAUUGUACUAAUACUGGAGUUCCUCCAUGAUAUGAAGGGCAUUGCGUAUCGCGAUUUGAAACCAGAAAACAUCCUUCUUGACUCCGAGGGCCACCUGAAACUCGUGGAUUUUGGGUUUGCAAAGGAAAUUUCGAAUCGAGAGACCUACACUCUUUGUGGAACGCCAGAGUACCUCGCUCCAGAAGUUAUUCGAAAUUCAGGGCACGGUACUGCCGUUGAUUGGUGGGCGUUUGGUAUCCUCAUUUACGAGUUCCUCGUUGGACAGCCGCCAUUCUGGAAUCAAAACCCAAUGAAGAUCUAUGAGCUGAUCAUAGAAGGAAAGGUCAAAUAUCCUCAGUGGAUGUCAUCCAAUGCCCGCGACCUUAUUGGCAGUCUCUGUACCGUCAAUCCAUCUCAGCGGCUUGGCAAUAUUUCCAGCGCUGGUGUCAACGGCACCGCUCUUGUGAAGUCUCACCCGUUCUUCGAGACCAUUGACUGGGACGCCUUGUAUCAUCGAAGGAUCAAAAGCCCUAUCAUCCCAAAAGUCAAACAUGCAGCUGACGCUAGUAACUUCGACAAUUACGACCCCCCUUCGGAGAGCCAGAGCGGAUACUCCAAGGAUAUGGCGCAGAAGUACGAUCACGAGUUCAAAGACUUUUGA